UCACUUCAACAGUCAACACGUUCUUGCGCCCGAGUUUGUUCGAAGUUUAGCUUCAUCUCUCACGAUUCAUCUGUUCCACUGAUUCUCUCUCUCUCUCAAAUGGCAGACAAGAACGAUUUAGACCCAAAUCCUCCCGCCGCGGAAGAUGGAACGAUUCGCUUCCCAGUAAAGAAGAGAUCACUGCCUGAAAGAUCACUUACUGGGUUUGAUAGAGCACACGAGCCCGAGUUCAAGAAACAGAAACUCGAACAGCUCCAGAGAAAAGCUUAUCACUCUGCCCUCCUUGCUUCCAAAUCAGAAUCCUCGGGAACAUCACACAAGUCUCAUAUCAUACAAAAGCUGAUGAACGAGUGGAACAUCGAUCAAGAAACUCACAUCUCUGUUGCGCAUAAGAUUGAUCACUCUGAAAAGAAUGCAUCUUGGAUGAUUCCAAACUCUCUUCCUAAUCCAGAGUCUCUUGUUGGAAAACGUGUCCAUGCAAGAUCCCCCGAUGAUGAUUCACCAACGAACAAGAAGAUCAAACUCCAUAAACAGGCUUACGACCUUGUUCUCUACGCCUUCAACGCAGAAUCUCCAGCACUAUCACACUCAAGGACUUUGAUCAUGCAACACCUCCUGGACGAAUGCAACAACAAAGCUCAUAUCAAUAAGAUAGUGGAGCCAAGAUCCAGACUCUUACCCGAAGGCUUACAUUUUCGUCCAACAGAUCUUGAGAUGGCAAUCUUUUUGAAACAAAAAGCUCUAGGACAGCCAAUAGAAGCCUGCAUCAUACCUGAAGAACGUCACGACAUCUUCUCAAUACCACCUCGUGAUUUGCCUGGCUAUCCAGAAGAAACACAUUGGUAUUACUAUUGCUGGAAAUCUAUGGGACAACAAGACCCUCGAAGUCUCUGGACACGGUUCCGUGAAGAUACUGCUGUGUUCGAUGAAGAGGAGAACUGUGUCGCUAUCAAACGUAGGUUUACUCUCGUUGAGCGGGAAGAAGAAUGUAAUGACGUUUUCUUGCCUGACGAAGAAGAACCUCCAGUGGAAGAAUGGUUCAUAAAAGAGAUUAGUCUACCACCAAGUGUUGCAGAUAGUGAGUUUGUUUUGUGCCAUGUCGUUCUCAAGAAGAGGGAGAAGAAGAAAGAAGAAGAAGAAUACUACGACGACGAAGAAGAAGAAGAAGAGGAUUAAAUCGUUACAAUGUAAAACAUACAAAACUGCUUUUAUGAUUUUGCAUUUUACUUAGUUUUACUGCUCUUCUCAUGAGAAUCUUAGCGCUCCAUUUAGGUCAGGAGAUGAAAAACUUGAAAACCAAACUGUACCUGUUGAGAAACUGUUUUAAGAUAUGUU